AUGGAAAAAGCGUUGGAGAGAUAUGGAGUAACGCAGCGCUUGUCUACCGCGUAUCAUCCGCAAACAAGCGGUCAAGUCGAAAAUGCGAAUCGAGGAGUUAAGAGGAUUUUGGAAAAGACGGUGGGAAAGAGCCGAAAGGAUUGGUCGGACAAAUUAGAUGAUGCAUUGUGGGCGUUUCGUACCGCCUACAAAACGCCGUUAGGAAUGACCCCUUUUGUGAUAGUGUAUGGAAAAGCAUGCCAUUUGCCGGUAGCAUUAGAGCAUCGGGCUCUAUGGGCACUUAAAACCGUGAAUUUAGAUUUAACCGAAGCCGCUAGAAAAAGAUUCUUUCAAAUUCAUGAAUUAGAAGCACUUCGUGAUGCCGCAUACGAUCGUUCAUGGAGAAAAUUAAAGUCGAGAUGGUCCGGACCGUAUGUCGUGAAGGAGGUUUUCCCGUAUGGUACCGUGGAGUUGUUUAAUGAAGAUACCAAGAAUUCAUGGAAUGUCAACGGACAUCGUUUAAAACAUUACCUAGGGGGUCCCAUCGACACCGCCGAAGAGGAAGACGUUCCUCUUGCGGACCCGCCUAGCGCCGCCGCAUAA